AUGCCAUCAAGAGAGGAAGAAGACAAAGACGCCAAGCGCAAAGCUCGGGAAGAAAGGCGCAAGCAUAGCAGCAGCGCGACUUCCAGCAGGUCUCGACGGGAGUCAAGCGAUCGUGAUCGUGAUCAAACGGAGAAAGAUCGAGUUUGCAGAGGCCGUGACAACAGCAGAAGCGCUGCUCCGGGAGCAUUUGCUGGCACUGAUUCGUCUCCAAGCAGAUCAAAGAAAUCUUCUGGUAGACCAAGAUCCUCUAGUGGUGCUAUCGAGCGAAGUGAUCGCGGCAGCAAUCGUCAUUCCAGAUCUGACGGCAAAGGAUACAGGUCUUUGGGCAAAAGCCGAAGCUCAAAGCCAGCUACUGUUCCUGGUGCAGUCACUUCGUCCACAGCUGAUGCUCGUAGGGAACAGCGCAAAGCUGGGAACCGAAAAGAUUCCAGCACAAGAAAUCAGGGCGAUUCCAGCAGGCCCGAUAGAGCUCAGCAAAAGUUGAAGGCUGCUGGCAUGCUGGAUGAAGAGAAGGCACAAAAGAAGGAUGACAAAGGAGAAAUGACCAACAACAACAAUGAUAAGGUAUUGCUUGAAGCCGUGACUGUAGACGACACAAACGAAGGCCAAGCUGCAGUGAAUACAACAGAGGCUUCCUUGUCAAAGGGCAAGGGAGCACAAGAGCCUAUUUUGGUUCUUAAUGAAACUGGAGAGCCACCAGAGACUCCUCCCAACGAAAACAAAAAGAUAACAGCCUUGAAGGAUAAACCAUUUUAUUGCAAAGGCUGGUUCUGGGUCGUCGUCCUACUUAUCUUGGUUGGAGGAGCAGUCGCUGCCUUUGUUUUGACUCGAGAAGAUACUCCCACAAUUGCCAAACCUGACUCGGAUACUGUUGCAACAGAAAACACCACUGAUCCAUCAGUAUUGGAGGAGCUAGUACCCGGUUCCAGUAUUCCCUCUGGAUCACCAUCCAGCACUCCAAGCGGCAUCGUACGAUUGGAUCUUCCUCCUUCAACCAAAGACUGUGCCGCCGUUGUCAACGGAGACGAUGUUCCUGGUCAAGAAGAUACUGCAUUGCAAAGAUUCCAAGUACAGAUGGAUAUUGUAUUGGAUUCUGAAUAUCCCCAAGACACAACGGCGCAAGUUUUGGAAGAGAAAAUCCAAUCGCUUCUCAUGCCUGAACUUGUUGGAUGCCCAAUCAAAAGUGGAAGGCGGAUGCGGGGAACAACGUCUGGACAUGGCGAUAUGUUCCGUCAGAGCAGUCCUUUCUUGGACACUACUGUGAGGAUUGUAAACGGUAUUGCAACCGUACAACCAGAAUCAAACACGCCUUGUGUAGAGACCAGCGAAACGCCGUGCCUCCAUGUCUCGGCAUUCCUCGACUUGUACUUGAAAGAGUCUUUGCAAACAGCAUUCACCUUGACGAAUAUGAUCAUUCAAGUGUUUGGACCAGAAUCAGAGCUGGUCGCCAGACUUGAUUUGCCACUACCAUUCAAGGAAGUAUUCAUUGUGUCUAUGGAAUCCACGACACCCGUGCCAUCGUCACUGCCCUCGGCCACUCCAAGCGCAAGUCCAUCAAGUGCUCCGAGUGCUUCUGUUUCCAACUAUCCCACCCGAGCGCCUGCUAUGUUUCCAACCACAGAGGAACCAACUUUGGUACUUAGUCAUGUUCCAUCAGCUUUCCCUACCCCCGGCAUUUCUAUCGAUCUGACACCUGAACCGGUAAUCAGUCCUGCUCCAUCCGCUUUUCCUUCACAAUCACCAACUCCUGCUCCAACAACACUUGCUCCAACAUUUGUUCCAGUACCAUAUGCAACACCAUUGCCUACACAACAGCCGUCACAACGUCCAUCACAACGUCCAUCACAACGUCCAUCACAGCAGCCUUCCAGAGUCCCGUCAAAUGCUCCGUCCGAUGCCCCUUCCAAUGGACCUUCCAGAGUCCUGUCCAACAAUCCUUCCGAUGCCCCUUCUGAUAAACCCAGCAAUGGACCUUCCAGUAUGCCUUCGGCGAGAGCAACUCUGGUAUUUGAUGGACAUGGGAUUCCGAUAUACGGUGAUUGGGAUCACCUUUUUACUUCAGCCGUUGAUAUAGGACGAUACUUCAUUUUCGAGCCAUUGCAUUGGGAAGCUAUCUUUGGGUCGUUUCCCCUCACAGGAACAUAUGCUAUCGAGCAAAGACGAAACGGUGAAAUCGUGUGGCAGGGAGAAGUGCAGAUUUUUGUGGAUGAUGCACUUAAGCAUGGAAGACGCCAUCCUGUUGGUAGUUCCACUAGUGGACAAUGGAAAGAUGGUGAUAUCAUUGUUCCCCGAUAUGUGGAAAUUAACGCUGACUAUAGGAACUCCUUUGAGUACCGCACUUUGGACGACAAUGGUGUUUAUUUUCGGUUCACUGGAGCAGCAUGGCUUGACACUUUUGGUAGCUACCCCACAUACACAUCAUUUGCCAAACAGUGUAGGAACGGACAACAAGUUUAUGAUGGUCGCUUUACAAUCUUUUACACCGAACCCAAUGAAUGGGGAACCGGUCGGCGGGACCCCAAUGCAAAGGAUGGGGAUGUUGAGACAGGAGACAUUCUUCUGCCUAGAUCCAUGGCAUGCCCAUUGCCGAUAGCAACCCCCACCUAUCCCGUUCCCAUCACGGCACUCGGCCCUGUCGGAGCGGCACCUGCAAAUACAUACUUUAAAUUUGACAAUAGCGAUUGGGAACAAUCAUUUUGGAUGGAAACUUUUGGAAGUUACUCGAGCGGUGAUACGACAAAUCCGGCUAACAAUGACCUGGUCUACUUCCGAGCACGGCAAUGUAGGAACGGUGCUGAAAUCUGGUCGGGGCUUGUGGCUACAGGUGUAACUCACUUUGAGAUCUCAAGUGGCGACACUCCGUAUGGUCGACGGGAACCAGAAGAAAGCGGAGUGUUCCAAAGUGGAGACAAAAUUGUUCCUUUUUCUAGAAGUUGAGUUGAGUACCUGGUACUACAAGUAAGCAUUGAACUAAUGGAAGCCUCACUUGUUUCCCCAGUUCUCGAUGUCGUCUAA